AACUCUAAUUAUAACCUUAAAGUUUUAGCUCGAAAACAAUUCUGAAUUAAAUUUUCUGAUACUAUAUUGAUAGUAGUAUACAUCAGUUUACUAUAAACAGUGAUGUUGCUUUCAAAAAUGUCAAUAAUAAGAUCGUUGUUUAAAACAGGCAGACAUUCUCUUUUACUGCGACAAUGUUAUUCUUCAGAAAAUUCAUUAAAGUUAUCUGAACCAGCAGUGCAAAAGUAUCUUAGACGUUUAUUGUUAGAACACGAAGAACUAUUAAUUAAAUCACGUCGCAACGAUGCAGAAGUCCAACGACUCCGUGAAAUAAAGCCUAUUGUUCAAGUUCUUGAGGAAAGGAUAGCUUUAUUUGACAGUAUCGAAAACCUCAAAGAACUAAAUAAAAAGGAGAACCAAGAUGAUGAAAUGAAGAAAAUGGUUAAGGAGGAGGCCCAGAUUUAUCUCGGACGUCUGAAGGAAGUAGACAACGACCUCCAGUCAGUUUUAUUUCAACCAUAUUUAACAGAGGGUGGCAUUCUGCUAGAAGUCACAGCCGGCGCGGGCGGUCAAGAGGCCAUGCUGUUUGCCCGAGAGCUUUUCGAAUUAUAUGAAGCAUAUGCAAACUUUAAGGAUUGGGAAGUGAAUAUAGCUUCUAUUGAAAAGUCUGACAUUGGUGGUAUUAGAAAAGGUUCCAUGUUGAUUAAAGGAAUUGGUGUGCCAGAGCUCAUGAAGCUUGAAGCCGGAGUGCACAGAGUUCAAAGAAUACCUGCUACAGAAAAGGGAGGCCGAAUACACACUAGCACAGUGUCGGUAGCAGUUUUGCCGCAACCUAGUGAGAUCGAACUAGAAAUACCCGAUAGGGAUAUUUCAAUUGAAACUAAGCGUGCAAGUGGUGCAGGAGGACAGCAUGUGAAUACUACGGACAGUGCUGUUCGCAUCACACACCUGCCGACUGGCACUGUUGUGGACUGUCAGGAGGGACGGUCACAGAUAAAAAAUAGAGAAAUUGCCAUGCAGAAACUGAGGACACUCUUGCUACAGAAGCAGCAAGAAGAACUGACAACAAAAAUCAAUGCAGAGAGGAAAUCCCAGGUUGGGUCAAGCAAUAGAAAUGAAAAAAUCAGAACCUAUAACUAUCCUCAAGAUAGAGUGACCGAGCACCGGCCGGGCGGGGGUACGGUGCACAAUCUCAAGGCCUUCAUGGAGGGAGGUGACCUGCUCGAAGAACUCCAGGAAUCUCUACUGCGAGAGGCACGGUACCAAACUGUUGUGAGUGAGAUAGAGGAGUUCAAUAAGAAAUAUGGGCAGGAGGAAGCUUCUACCAGUUAGACUGUAAGUCAUUUAAUUUAAUUUACUGUAAACAAUAGAUUCUGUUGAUCAUAAUAGUUAAUUAAAAAUGCUGUUAAACCAAAACAACAAAUAUUUAUUUUGUACCAAAUGAACAAUCACAUUUCAUUUCAAGGAAAUAAAUAAGCACAUUUCUUAAUGACAGAGAUUCAAAAUAUGUAUUUGACUAAAUACCUACUAAAAUAUAUUCUUACACAUAGAAAUAUGACUGCAAGUAUUUAAUACAUUGAAUAACAUAAUAUUUUUUCAGUUUAAAAUAUCUCUUAAAAUUGUAAAUAAUUAUUUCACACCAUAAUAAUUAGGUAUUUAUUGUAUUAGUAUAUUAUAAUAGUUGCAUGGGAAACAAGUCAUAUGUGCAGUUUCACAUGUGAUGCAACCUAUGUUUGAUAUUGAAUGUGAAAUAAUUAUUGACACAAAUUCAUAUUAUAAAAUAUUUACCAAAUCCAAUUCACUAUCCAAGCUGGCUUUUGCAACAUUAAUCGAAAACUGAACAGACAAUCAUUGCAAGAAAAUUCAAUCUUAGUGUCAAGCAAUAUUACAAAUUUACUAGUACUCUUACCACGAGUCACUGACAGUGUCAACACUGACAUAUACACUAACGUCUACGUAACUUACUUUCUAUGCAUCUCGCUGGUACUGAUAUAUGUAUUAGUGCGAGCGAGAUGUUAAAGUAAAGUAGAUGUUAGCAUAUAUGUCAGUGUUGACACUAUCAGUGUCUCGUGGUACAGUACAGGACGGAAACGCCGACCAAUCUCUCAGAACUUGUAAACUUAAUGUACUUACAAUAAUAUUCAAAAAUUUAAUUACUGAAGACUAGAAUAAACUUAACAUACAA